ACCGUAGCCCCAAACAUGCGCCGAGCCUCCACCAUCUUUUGUUUCCUGCAGACUCUCCAGCCCUCCGGUGAACUAUCUGCCCUCUGUUACUGCCAAACAUUUCACAUUGUGACUGAUCCAGAGCAGCUGUUGCCAUUGUUCUGCACCACGGCUCCUCAGUUUUCGUACAGAAACAGCACAGAGGUGCCCCCCACACCCGCGCUCCCCCUGUAUUUUCACCACGAGGGGUUUUUCUGGAGAUGUUGGUUCAAUGGUGAAGAUUUCCAGGAGACCAUCUGGAACUUCUGGUUUACCAGUCAAGCGCAUCCCAAACACUGCAUCCAGGGAUAUCUGUUUCCCAUGCCCAUAGCUCCCGGACCGGUGCCCCAUCCAUCAUAUGACCCCACAGCAGUGUACAGAGGCUUCUGGACGGCCUUCAUCAUCCUCGCGGUUGCGGCCAGCGUGGUGGGGGGGCUCCUGCUGGUCUGCGCGGUUCCCUUUGCGGCCGCCCGGCUCUAUAGAGUAGGAGGCGGAUUCCUCAUCACGGCCGGGGUCCUGCUCGCCCUCCUCAUCGCCCUCUUCGCCCUCUGGAAGGAAUUUGCCGCUGACUUGAAGAAAUACAUCUUAUUAGAGAGGAGCCAUAGCUGCCCGCCGGAUGCCCACCUCCAUGUGUAUUAUGGGUGGUCUUUCAUGUUUGCUGCGGCCGGGGCCCCCCUGGUUCUCCUCUCUGGGCUCCUGUUUCAUUGUAUUAGCCGCAGCCUCCAUGUGGAGGAGAAGUAGAUGGAGAACAGUCCUGACCGAGGAUCCUGUAUGACACAGAUGGACAUAUACCUGCAGGUCCUGGUCAUGUAAUAGUAAGGGACCCCUCACCCGCUGGGGACGCCCACCCAUAUAACAUGUUCCGAGGACUGGGACGUUUCCUGCUUGUGACACCCGCUGCUCACGUUUCCUAAAAA